CUCAGACCUCUGCCUCUUCGCCUCUCGACCAGACGGCAGUCGCCGCCAAGCUCAGCCUCUCACUCGCAGACCUCGUUGCCUCCGGUCAGUAGGACAGCAGUCAGCAGGUCAACAGGAGACAAGAGUCCUCACUCCUCACUUCUUCAGUUCCUCUGUUCCUCAGCCUCUCAUACUCAGAAAUCCUGGCUCCGUCCCAGAGUCAAACUAUGUAAGCAUCAAACGAGAUGAAUCUGGAUUAUUCUAAUACUAAUGAGGAUUGAAAAAAAAAGGUUUUCUACAUCUUCCAACAACGACGUCAUUUGCCGCGUUGGAGUAUACUUUGUGUCUUCGUUGCUCAAUCGGAACAAAGCGAAAGUAAAGCGUUAAUUCCCGCCAUUGCUCUCUCUCUCUCUCUCUCUCUCUCUCAGUCUGUGAGCUUGAGAGAAUGGACAGUAAAGGGGGAAAUCCAGGGACAAGGCAGACGAAUCUGAAGAAGUCUUUCAAGCUUGGAGUGCGUUCCUUGCUCACAGCCUGCUCCAAGGAGGAAUUUUGCAAAGCUUUCUCAAAGUUCAGUCCAGCGGAGCAAGAGCGCCUCCACCGGUUAUUCAUUCAGGUUGUUUCAUCAUUGCACGAAAAUAUAGAGGAUGAGUUUGAGUCUUUAUGCCUGGAGACAGAGGCAGGAACUGUUCUUGAUACUGUGGAGCAUCUUGUAGAAGAGCAAAGCUUGGAUCCACUCUCUUCUGAGAAGCUGAACCUCUUUGAAUACAAGGGACAAAAAAAAGCAGAGAACAAAGAGCAGGAGACUAAUAUUGAAGAAACUGGCAAGUAUUUAUCAGAAACGAAGAAGAACGAGAUCAACUACUUGAUGGGCAUGCUGGAAAAGGCAGAAGAACAGAAGCGGCUUAUCAGUUCUCGCCUUGAAUUCCUAAAGAAAGAAAAACAAGAAUUCUCGGGCGCCACAGAUUUUGUGGACAAGUUAAGGACAGGGACUUUGAGCUACAGUACUGGAAAUAAUCCUUGAUGUGUCUAUGUAUGAUCAGUAAUGUUUGUAAAAAUCUAUUUGGCUCACCUUUUAACUUCAAGCAUACAGAGCAAACCUAGUCCAAACUGUUCUUUUUCUGUUUCCAUUGAGUGUUAUUAUAAUGAACUAAACAUCCACUUGGUUCUUUGCAGCUUGUCAACCAUAUUCACACCUAAUACUUACUCAAAUUUAUGAGCUUUGCUCCCCAAA